GUAAUUAUUUAAAUCAGUGGUUAAAACGAGAGAUCAAAUGACAUGUUAUCGACAUAAUUGAAGACAACGUUUUGAUGAUAAACAUGUGGUGGUCACGAGUUGUGGAAAGACAUGCCAUACUUAUAAUAGUGAUAGUAUUGGCCAUCAAUUGGUCACUGUUUGUGAUCCCCGGUCUAUACAAUCAUCCGUUGCCUUCAUUUGAUGACCCAUUGACACGCGAAUUGCGGAACGAAUUAGAAGUGGAAAAGUCGUCGCAAUUGAAUAGUCGAGAGAAGAGCCAACAAAUGCAACACGAAAUACAAGCGCUUCAUCUGAAACUACAACAGAGUUACGAAAGCCAGAGGAAUGAAAUGAAUGCAAUGCAGAAACAGUUGCAACAAAUUCAGGUCAAACUCAGCGACGAACGAAGUCAUGCCAUUCGACUCCAAGAAGACAACUCUCGACUCCAGCAACUCAUGAAGAGUGACCAACACGUGAAGCACGAAGUGGAUCAGCUCAGGACUGAACGCACACAGUAUGAGAUGCGUAUGUCUGCCAAUCAGAAGAGUAGCGAAGAACUUCUUCGAAAGACACAACAAUUGGAAAACAGAAUCAAAUCAAUGAGUGAUUCGCGACAAAAGGAUGAAACCACUUAUCAAAUGCACAUUAAAGAUGUCUCACAAGAGUUACAGAAAUGCGAGACUCAGAGGAAUGUCUUGGUGGAGGAGUUGAGCCAUAAGACGAAUAAAUGCAAUGCAAUUGAAUCGGAAAAUAUUCAAUUUAUUCAGAGAUUCAAAGAGUUGGAAGAGACGAAGAACUCAGAAAUUAAAGUUUUAAUCGACGAGAUGUCGGAACUAAAUAAGCAAAAACUUAUCGCAGAAAAAGCUUUAUCUGAAGCCAAACAACACGAACAUCAAAAUGGAGACCAAAAUUCGGGAAAACAGGAAUUAAUUAAACUCAACGAAGAAAUGAUUUCAACUAAAGAAGAGCUCAAGAAUUUAAAGAAUGCAUUAGAAAAUCAGUUGAGAAAGAAUGAAGAGUUGAGCGAAAAGUAUGAAUUGGCGAACGAAUCGAUUGCUAACUUCGAUCAAAUCAAGAAAGAAUGUAUUGAAAGUGCUCUUAAAGUGUCGGAACAAACCAAUCGACAACUCGAGACCGAAAAGGAUAAACUUAAACAACAAAAUGAGAGCCUAAACACUGAACUUCACAACAUUAGCACUAAUAAUAAGGAUAAUGUCGGAGAACUCGAUUCAAUCAAAUCGUCACUUCGAUUAGUAAUUCCAAGUCUUAACACUGGAAGUAAAGAUUGGAUUUCAAAACUUGGAACAACUCUUAAGGAGCAACUGAGCCAUCAAUCAGACGAGUCUUCAAAUAUCGAAAGGCAAAGAGUCGGAGAACUCGAGUCUUUGUUAACUCUCGAAAAGGAGAAAUCGAGUCAAUUGGAGUCGAAGUGCACCGGAUUUGCAUCAACUCUAUCGCAAACAGAAUCGAUUUUAAGUGAACUCCAAAACAAAGUGGAGUCACAAGAAAGAGAUCUCAAACAUAGAGAACAAGAGUUCGGUAGUGAACUGAAGACACAUUCGGGUGAAAAUGUAAAACUUCGCGAUGAGAUUAAAAGACUUGAGUCGAGUUUAGUUCAGUUCCAAGAAUUUAAAGAGACGUUCACUGAAAUGGAGGACAAACUCAAAGAAUUGCAGUCAAAACUAAGCGGAGAGGAGAACGAGAAGAAACUUCUGGAGCAUAAAUACGAUGAGGUCUGCAAAAAAGGACAGGCGACAAAAGUUGCGUCCGCUUUACGCGAGGAAUUGAAUGAAUUCGAAACCGAGAGAUCAGAAUUGGAUCGAUUGAAAGCAGAUUUGGAUGAAUUGAAGACAACCCUCGAAAAGGAGAAGAAGAUAUCUAAAGACUUAAACCUACAGAACGUUCGCCUCAACUCAUUGGUUAAGAUCGGACACGAGUCGCUUAAGAUGGAAGAGGACAGAGUUAGACAACUCCAGUCGCAGCUCAAUCUGAACAACGGCUCCCUUUCUGCGCCCGUCAACGGUUCCAACGAAACAAAUGCCAACAAUAGUGAUACGACACCAGAGGCUGCUUCGGCUAAGAAGUAAACAAACACUGAAGAACUCUAUUAGCAAACAAUUCAUCGCAUCAUUAGAUCAUUAGUACAUUAAGUCAAAUGAUUUAUUUGUCUAUUGAAUGGACCACUGAUUACAUAAAUAUGAAUACAAAUGGAAUAAUAGUUUUAAUGGGUUUUUGCAAAAUAACAUUAUUAUAAUUUUAAUUACUUUUAUUAUUACAUAAAUGACCAAAAAAUUAAAGAUUUAUUUAUUAAGAAAA